AUUCACAUCUCUCUCUAUUGCCCCCUGAACCUUCCUCAAAACCCAACCCCACAAAAACUACUUUCUCACUUUCUUAUACCUUCUUUCCCUUCACAUGCACAAUCACCACAACAACAAUGGGUAACCUCUGUUCUCUUUUCAAUCCAACCCAACAACCUCCUUCCAAAAAACACCGUUUUUCAAACGCAGCUUCUGCUAGCCGCAGAGAGAGAAAAAAGCUCGAUGACGCCGCGAUUCGUGAACAAGCUAUAGCUGCUGCUAUACUUUACAAACAACAUCAGCAAAAACAACAACAACAACAGUUUGAUCGGUCGAGUUCUUUAAGGUAUCCAAAUGGUGUGUCCAAGAAGAAUAAUAAUAGUAACACUUUGCCUCGUAGUUCCAGUUCUAGAGCUAGAUCACUCACUGACCCUCUUCUUCAACCUCAUCAACUUCUUCAUCAGGGCGUAAAGGUUGAUGAUCUUGAGACCAAUCAUUAUGUCCUUGUUCAUGGAGGUGGAUUCGGUGCCUGGUGUUGGUACAAAACUAUCGCACUUCUUGAAGAAAGCGGUUAUAAAGUAUCUGCCAUAGAUUUAACGGGAUCUGGUGUUCACUCGUUUGAUACAAACAACAUUACAAGUCUGUCGCAAUACGUGAAGCCUCUUACCGACUUCCUUGAAAAACUUCCUGAAGAUGGAAAGGUGAUCUUGGUUGGACAUGAUUUUGGCGGAGCAUGUAUAUCGUACGCAAUGGAGUUGUUUCCGAUUAAGAUUUCCAAGGCUAUUUUUAUCGCUGCAGCGAUGCCGACUAAUGGACAGAGUACUCUCGAUAUCAUUUCGCAACAGGCAGGAUCAAAUGAUCUCAUGCCACAAGCUCAGAUAUUUUUGUAUGCUAAUGGGAAUGAUCGUCCUCCGACUGCUUUUGAUCUUGAGAAAUCGUUGUUAAGAGAUUUGCUAUUCAACCUAAGUCCAACCAAAGAUGUCGCACUAGCAUCUGUUUCGAUGAGGUCGGUACCGUUCGCACCAGUUUUAGAGAAACUUUCUCUUUCAGAACCGAAAUACGGAAGUGUAAGGCGGUUUUAUAUUAAAACUCUUGAAGACAAUGCGAUCCCUACUUCUCUCCAAGAAAACAUGAUAAACGCAAGCCCCCCAGAAAAGGUUUUCUAUCUGAAGGGUGCUGACCAUUCUCCUUUCUUCUCAAAGCCUCAAGCUUUGCAUAAGUUAUUGGUAGAAAUCUCAAUGAUAAAUUAAGACCAUUCAUUACAUAAAUUGUUUGUGAAGCCUUACUCAUGCUAAAGUUUCACUAACAUGAAAAUUCUUAUGUACAUCAAAGUUUCAUUGUUCCUCUUCUUUUUUGGAGUUCAAAUUAAGAAAACUAGCUUUUACAAUCUUCAACUUAAAACAGCCAUUACUUUACAACAUAAAAAACUUGUUAUAUUGUUGGUGUUAUUAUUGGUUAAAAAUAUCAAGGUUUAAUGAUUAAAGUUGCCGGUAACCCCGAUUGAGAAUUGGAGAAAAACUUGUCACUGAUAUAUAUAUGCUUUAAAUAUAUUAUUGGUCGCCUUUUGGUGGUUUUGC